AUGAAGGAAGACCCGAUCAGAUUAGUCCUUCGGAUAUUUUCCUUUUUUAAGAGAGAGAGAGAAAGAAAAAUAACAACAAUAAUCUUUACUUCGUCCAGCCUUGAAGCGCUUCUCCACCUGAUUCAAACAUGCAGCCACGGCGACCCACACAGAACCUUCAAAGUCAAUCCAAUAGCAGCCCGAAGAUGUCUGGGUGUACGCGUGUGCUCAAGUGUCUGUGACUGCGAGCAGAGCGAGCAGAGAGCUGGAGACCAAGUGUGCGUGUGCGCGCGCGCGCGCGCGGGGAGCGCGCGGGGGGAGGCGCGCGCGGGCUCGCGCACCGGCGCGCGACGAGGCCGCUCGGGAGACGAGGAGGAGGAAGGAGGAGGAAGAGGAGGAGGAGAAAGUAGCUCUCGGCGGCCGGUCGGAUUAAAAGUAACCAGACUCGUCCAGAAAACUGCGUCCAGGAAGGAAGUGACAGAAGACGAAUGGGAAAAGGAGAACAGCUCACAGCCUUUGAAACAUCGCACAACACGGCGAGCGGCAGCUCCCUGCUUCUCUCCCGGCGCUGCCGCGGAGGACGCUCGGAGAAAACUCGGCCUCCCGCGACCGCGCGCUCGCUCCCCGGGGACGCUGCGAGCCAGCCAGCAGCAAAGUCCUUCUAAAGUCGGGAUCUUUCCUCUAACCAAUAGAAGCUCGACCCUAAUAGCUGCUCCUGUGACUUUCCCCCCUUUGGAACACGCGUUAGCCACUUAAUUCUCGCACCAGGUCCGUGCGCUCCUCCGUUACUCACGCGUAAAAGCCACGGGCCAGGA